CAUUUCUACUUGUGGAGCUAAUUUUCCAACCCGAAGAAUUUGUAAAGAAGGAAAGGAAAUUGUGUUACUAUUUGCUCUCGAUGGUUGCACCAUGUCGAGGCGCAAGCAAGCCAAACCACAGCAUAUCAAUUCCGAUGAGCCCGGGUCCUCAGAAAACGAGGUUGUACAGGAUGGUCACGCUGAAGAGGAUGGAAACGAGAGAAAGAGGUUCAGAAUGGAAGAUGCUAGAGUUUGCAACAAGUGUUGUGCCGAAUUCUUCAAUGAGACAGAAUUUCUUGAACAUCAGGAAAAUUGCACUAAAGGUCAGCAGGUGGUCAUCAUGAAAGCGUCUGAUGGGAAUGAAGUGCCAGAAGACUUCUCACAAGGCUCUUCUGGUGCCCCCCAAAGUGACGAUGAUGGCCAGGCCAGCAGUCAUCCUUUACCCAGUGUCCAUCCAGAACCAGAACGGACAGAUGAAGAGGUGUCCAAAUCAAAUGCUGAAAAGAUUUCAAAAGAAGGACGGGUUAUGUCUGCCAGUCCUGAGAUUAGUUACCAGCCUUCACCCAAGUUACAAGAUUCUAACGUCACCCUUGAAUCUAUGCCUGCCACCAAAGUAGCAGUCACCCAGCAUUCAUCCAGCCAUAAGUCUCCACCCUCCAAGGAUACAUUGCAGGCCAUCCCUAUGAUUCUGGAGCAGCUGGUGUGUCUCCAGCAACAACAGCUCCAGCAGAUUCAGUUAACUGAACAGAUCCGCAUACAGGUGGCCAUGAUGGCUCCCCAGAGUCUCCACUCAGCUGUAGGGGCAGCAGUGGACCCCCUUAAGGCACUGGGAGCUCACCUUUCUCAGCAGUUGUCGGCUGCAGCAGCCCUGAUAGGGAAAAGAACAGGAAGUCAGAGCCUCUCAAUGGAGACUAUGAAACCGGGCAAACUACCUCAAUCUAAUGGCAUCCCAACCUCUCUGGCUGAGGGUCUAGGGUCAAUCCCCUUAAAAGCAGAUAUUUUGAAGGCUCUCCCAGACCUGGCCAGUCGCCUACCAGCUUUACUACCCCAGUCUCAAGGAGCCAUGGCAUUACCAGGCUCUUUUACUGGCCUCCCUGUAGGGUUGGAUCCUUCCAAAAAAGGGAAAAGCAAGGGAUCCAACAUGCUGACUGAAUCCAAAAAUAGUUCUGGGGAUCUCUUAUACAAGCACAAGUGUAAAUAUUGUGGCAAAACCUUUGGGAAUGACAGUGCCCUCCAGAUCCACUUGCGCUCUCAUACUGGGGAGAGGCCCUUCAAAUGUAACAUCUGUGGAAAUCGCUUCACAACCAAAGGAAACCUCAAAGUACAUUUCCAGAGACACAGGGACAAGUAUCCUUACAUCAGGAUGAAUCCACACCCUGUGCCGGAACAUCUUGACAAUCUACCGACCAGCAGUGGCAUUCCCUACGGUAUGUCAAUGCCCAUAGAAGAAUCCAACAUGGUGGACAUGAAACCAGUGAUUGGCCUCCCAGCUCCAGGUUUCCACCAAUCUCCACUCCAGGGCUUUAAGCCCUCCUUUGAAAGCUUUGGAGUCGACCCAUUCUCUCAAAGGCCCUCGUCAUCAAGUAGUGAUGGAGCAUCAAAUCCCUCCAACAUGUUUGGUCAUGAGAUGGGAUCGGAUCAAAACCAGGAAUCGAAAGACCUCAAGGGAACACACACCAAUGGCAAUGGUCUGUCUGAGCACACCUCAGGAACUGCCAAACUGCAGCAGAUGGUGGACGGGCUGGAGAAGAGGACCAAUGACCCCAACGAGUGUUACAUCUGUCACCGAGUGCUCAGUUGCCAGAGCUCCCUCAAGAUGCAUUAUCGUACUCACACUGGUGAGCGGCCCUACAAGUGCAAGAUCUGCGGACGGGCUUUCUCCACUAAGGGAAACCUCAAAGCCCAUUAUGGUGUUCAUCGGGCCAACACACCCCUCAAGAUGCAACACUCCUGCCCCAUCUGUCAGAAGAAGUUUACCAAUGCAGUGGUCCUGCAGCAGCACAUCCGCAUGCACAUGGGAGGACAGAUACCAAACACCCCCAUGCCAGACAACCAGUAUGAAGCUGCUGACGCAAUGGACUCGUCUCUGCCCGACGAGAAGUCCAUGGAUGCUUCUGGCCUUGAUGGGAGCUUGGAAGACCCAGACACUGAGCUGGACACCCAGGAGAAGCCCAGUGCCUCCUUCUCAACAUCAACCACUGAGGAGCAGCAGCCCCAGGCACCUCCCUCAAUGUUUUCGAGCAUCGCAGCCCUAGAGAAUCACAUGAAGACCAUCACCUCGGCUCUCAACCUGAAACGCCAGACCAGCACAACCUCCGAGAGUGAUGGGCGGUCUAAAGGGUCACCCUCAGAGCCAAAGGAGCAAGAGUACCAGAUCGAUUGUAGUCCUGCCAUCUCUGACUCUCUGUCCUUUCACUCCUCAUCACCGGUGAACAGCCAGAUGGGAAGCAGCCAGUCCAAGUCUCCUGAGUUGGCAAUUCCAGAGGAUUUUUCCCAUAAUGGAGCUAGACCGGAUUCAGACUGUGGCUCCCAGGAUGUAAAUGAGUUCAAUGGGGCUCUUGAUCUGACUGCACCCAGCAGCUUCACACCAAAGUCAAUCAAAGAAGAACCUGGCCUGCCCUACUCAAUUGGCGAGUAUGCUCCCAGCCAUUUACCUUUCAUGAGGAUGCCCCCCAGUCUGGUCAACCUGGAGAUGCAGAUUCCCUCAGAGAACCCCCUGGGUGCCCAUGGCUUGUUUGGCUCCCAGCUGCCUCAGGGGACAGGGAUGUCGUCCUCCAGUGCUGCUCGCAGGUCCACCAAGCAACACCUGUGUAACGCCUGUGGGAAGAACUUCUCCUCAGCCAGUGCUCUGCAGAUCCAUGAGCGGACGCACACAGGAGAAAAGCCCUUUGCCUGCACUAUAUGUGGAAGAGCUUUCACUACCAAGGGUAACCUAAAGGUCCAUGUUGGAACUCACAUGUGGAACAACGCGUCUAGGCGUGGUCAGCGCCUGUCUUUGGACAACCCCAUGGCCUUGAUGGCCAUGGGAUCAGAGUCGAAGGUAAUGCCUGACAUGAUGCCACCUCCUAAGGAACUGGGUCCUCCACCUAUGAACUUUGACCAGUCUCUGUGGAACCAGUAUGCUGCUGCUUUCACCAAUGGGCUGACCAUGAAGGCGAAUGAGAUUUCUGUCAUCCAGAAUGGUGGCAUUCCCCUUCCUGGUAGCCUGGCUGGGGGGCCUCUGGCUGGCUCCACUGGAGGCCUGAUGAAGAUGGAUGGAUCCCACUCUGGCCUGCCUGCAUCUGUGGCGGAGAUGGAGAAGAACAUCUCAGAAACAUCUCCAUUUCCACAUUUCAUGGAAGAGGGAAAAAUUGCAGUGAAUUGAGUAUGACACUAAGGAAGUUCUCUUUUUGUAAAUCCAUCACUGCAACGUCAGUUUUGAAUGUUUAUAGUAGCAAGGAUUUUGCUCGCCUACACUCAUUGAUGGGUACAAUCCAAGUGUGCUUUUACAAGACUUUACAAAAGGUAACCCUUGUUGAACAUUCUCCGGUUUUGCGAAGUCUAGCUGGAACUCUAACUUUAAUGGUGCAGCUCUCCCCCUCCAAAUGAACAAUGAACCCCAUAAACAAGUAUUAUUUUUAGGUUAACUUGAUAUAACUGCUGUAGUUGUAUUUACUGAUUCUUUUUUUUCUUAAUAUAUUGCGGGUAUUUCUGUGUGACAUCUUUUUAGUCUUGUAUCCAGAAGUUGAAUGUAGGGCUUACUUGAAACUGCUUUAAUUCAGAAUGUCUCCCUGGUAAUGUAUACUUUGAAGAAUGUUGACAAGCAUUGGAAAAGCUUCAGGGUGUGACUGAUAAUGGACACCACUGUUUUAGUGUACAUGAUUAAUAUAAUGUGGUUUUCUUUAUUCCUCUGUACAUGACUACUUGCUCUGCUACUGUGUGCCAUAGAUUUUAUAUAAAAGUUGUACAGUUC